GAAGUGUUCUAUUUGGUCACGUCUCGUAAUAUAUAUAAAGGCAGAAACACAUACACUUUCUCCUCCAGUCCUCCACCUCAAAUGAUUUCACCUUUCCUCUAAUACAAACAAAAAAACACUACAGAAAGUCAGAAAUCAACAGAACAAAGAUGGAGGUUUAUGAAGAUGAAGAUAUAGUGAUUGUUGGUGCUGGGUUAGCUGGUCUCACAACUGCCUUGUCUCUUCACAGAUUGGGUUUGAAGAGCUUGGUGUUGGAGUCAUCAGAGAGCUUGCGAAUUACCGGAUUCGCCCUUACACUAUGGACCAAUGCUUGGAAGGCACUCGAUGCGGUUGGAAUCGGGGAUUCCCUCAGACAAAAGUCUACCCAAAUGAAAGGAUUCAAGAUCGCAUCUCCUGAUACUGGUCUUUUUACUUCACAGCAAGCUCUCGACAAAGAUGGAAAAUUCAAAGGUUAUGAAAGCCGAUGUGUUAAGAGAAAGGAUUUAAUGGAGACAUUAGUCAAGGAGCUUCCACCAGGCACCAUUAGAUACUCUUCCAAGGUCGUCACCAUUGAUGAACACGAUCGCUUCAAGCUCGUGCACUUAGCCGAUGGCACCAUUCUCAAAACCAAAGUCUUGAUUGGAUGCGAUGGAGUUAACUCAGUGGUGGCAAAAUGGUUGGGUCUCGGGUCACCCGUAAGUGUGGGGAGGUCAGCUAUUCGGGGCUUGGUUGAGUUCCCAAAUGGGUCGGGUUUUGAUCCUAUGUUUCAUGUCAACUUUGGAGGUGGUGUACGCUAUGGUUUUCUUCCCGUUGAUGACAAGACUGUCUACUGGUUUUGCACCUUCACCCCAUCUCAAGUUCCAUCUUAUGAAGAAGAUUGGUAUGAAAACCCUAUAAAAAUGAAGCAAUUUGUAUUGAGUCGGAUCAACAAGAUGCCUCAAGAAGCGCAAGACGUGGUGGAAAGAACAUUGAUAACUAGCAUAUCUUUGUCGCCAUUAAAGUUCAGAUUACCAUGGAAUGUUUUAUUUGGAGACAUAGUGAAAGACAAUGUUUGUGUAGCUGGGGAUGCCCUUCAUCCGAUGACUCCUGAUAUAGGUCAAGGUGGGUGUUCAUCAUUAGAAGACUCGGUGGUCCUUGGAAGAUGUAUUGGGGAGGCUCUUUUGAAAAAAGUUGAUGGAAAAGAUGAUGAGUUUGAGAGGAUUGAAAAGGGGUUGAAGAAAUAUGGAAAGGAAAGGAGGUGGAGAAGUUUUAGUUUGAUUAGUGUUGCUUAUUGUGUGGGGUUUAUGCAAGAGAGUAAGGGUAUAAUGAUGAGUUUCUUGAGGAAAGUGUGGUUUUCAAAAUAUACACCUAGUGCUUUUCUUAAGAUGGCUAAUUUUGAUUGUGGGGAUCUUGUAAUAUGAAUCAAGAAAUGGAGCUUUUAAAGCAGCCUGUCCUGCUGUGAAACCCCCAGCCCUGAAGCCCAGAAGAGGGGAUACCCCUGUAAGGUCCACACAUGCAUGUUUUUCCCCGACCCAUCCAAAAAUCAAUGUUAGUCGGUUUGAGGGUUGACAUUCCUUCUGUCGGGUCAGUCAAGAAAUUAACAUGUGCUUCUUUCUUAGCAGAAACUCUAGCACGCUUAAAUGUGUCAAACAAAACAUCCCUAACCAUAUCGUGCCUGUAUUUGAACCCCGGAAGCAUGAUCGGUUUAGAGCAGGGGCACCAUGUACAGCUGUACAGGGCCUAAAAUUUUUAGGGGCCCGUUCUUUUAAUUUUUUUUUAAACUAUACACUUAUAGCCUACAGGUUGGCCCAAGGGUGAAGGAAUGAAAAUUUGUAGACCACCCACAAGACGCACUGCCAAAAGUGAGAAGAUGCACAAAGAAAAAUAUAAUGAAUAACAACCAUCUCUGUGAUUUACGUUCAGGCUUAACGAUUCAGAAAUCAGAAUCAGUAACCAUAGUGUGAUUUUCUGGUAAAAGCAUGACUUUCUAGUAAAUGCCUGAUUUCUACUUUUCUUUUUGUUCAAAGCCUUGAAUCGGAAUUGGAUUUUUCCGAUUUGUCCCAGAAAUCCGAAAUUUUACAUACCAGAUUAUGUUUAUUGCUU